AUGUUACGCAAUUGUCGCCGAUUUAUUUUAAAAAAUAAUGCGUUUCCAAGCGUUGUACAAAGAAAUACUUUUUUAACUAACGAUUACCAGUGCACGGAAGCUUGGAAUAAUUUAAACUCUAAAGCGAUUAUUAAUAAAAUAAACGUUCAGGAUUUCUAUAAUGCCGUAGACCAAAACCAUGCAUUAAAAGGAGUUGUAAGCGCUAUAGAUGUAGACAUAUUUGCCCAUGCCAUAAAAGACUCCAGUCACAUAGAAGAACUUAAAGAUCUCUUACAUAAACUCCGACUUUCAGCUGAGACAGGUAACAUGCUAGAGUCGACACAACACGCUACGAUUCGUAAGUAUCUGCAAUUUGGUGAUAUAACGGAACUAGUAGGGAUAUUACGAGAUCCUCUCAAUUUCGGAGUAUUCCUGGAUGAUUACAGUGCUAACAUAUUACUAAAUAAAUUGAUAACAUCAUCAGACUUUGAUUUGGCAGCUAGAGUAGCUUCUCUUAUAAUGUUACAAGAAGAAUAUAGCAAUGAGAUAACAUGCACACUCUGUCAAUAUGCUUGUUACAAAUAUAUACUUAGUUAUACUCCAGAACCAUCACCACCAUCACCACCAUCAGAGAAGAACAAAAAGGUUGAAGAAAUUAAGAUUAGAGUAAAAUAUUUAAGAAAUCCAUAUUUUGAUGAUCACUUUGACAUUAAAGAUAACUUUACAUUAUCAGGCAAGACUUUAGCUUGGAUGUCAGAGACAGCUUCAAAUAAUCUCAAUAAUAAUUUACAAAUAAUUGGUUGGCUUAUUUACAAAAAAUAUGACAAAUUGGUGUCUCUUUGUGAGAGUCUGAGUAACACAAAAACAUUUAAAAUUUACAAAGAAGUUUUAGAACAAUUACAAAAAGAAACUGCUAAUGCAGAUGCAGAGUCAAAACCAGUAUUAGAAAAUUGUUAUUCUGUGUUAAGUAAAGUGAAGCACAAAGCUGAUAACACAUUAGAGGAAUCAAUCAAAAUAGCAAUAGAAAAUGCUAUUAACAAGUUACAAAAAUAUGAUAUAGAACAACAAGAAAAGUUGUUCAAAUCAUGGGCGCAAAUAAGAGAAGAAAAACUAGAAGAACAAACUAAACGUUUGGAUAGAGCACGCCGCAUACAGCUCAUUGAAGAAAAACAAAAGGUAAUGAAAGAACAAGAACAGAAACUGUGGUUCUUUGAAAAUGAAGACCAAAUUGAUCUUCAGAUAGAAGAAAAGAGCAACUUGUUGACAAAACUGUCGAAAAGAAAAAAAGCACUAAAUCUUUAG